GACGCGUUUAUUAAUUUUUUUCUUAUUUAAAAAAGUUAUGUUUUCCGAUAAUGAAGAAAUAGAAGGGUGGCAAGAAUUAGGCAUAGAUUUUGAAAAUUCAAGUAUAACCGUGGAGGAAAGACAAAUGCUAAUUAACAAUUUAAAGAGAGAAACGAAAGCGCGUAUUCAAAAACUCAGACAGCAGGCUGAAAAACUUGCUAAAGAAAUUAUGGCUAGUUGUGAACAAGAGAUUAAUAGUAUUCCAAUAGAAAUUAGGCGAUUGCCUUUAGAUGAGUUUAUAAAUUUAUACCAUGCCGACCCAGCAGAAUACUUUAGGAAACAGAAAACAGCACAUAAUGCGCAGAUAACACCCGUCAUAAAAUCGACCAGUAAACGAACAUUGAAUUCGCGUUAUCUGAUUAAGAAAACUGGUGAACAAUCUGAGAGCGGAGGCCUGUUAAAGAAACGAACAGGUGAAAGAAGUUGAUAUUCUAAUAGCAGCUCUUGAAGUAAUCUUAAAUACAUAUUUAUCUAUAAAAUAGAACGUGAUAUUAUCCGGCCAAUUGUAUCGAAGAAAGAAUUAAUCGAGAAUAAAAUUGUAAAGAGUAAAAACUCAUAUGGUAAGA